GAGUGUGCGAAGGAAAGAAGAUCGCCAGAACGUAAGAACGUAAGAAGCAAAGAUUCGAAGGAACUCGACUUUGGGGAAGAAGCACGUCUAAAGCGGCCAAGACAUUGCUCGCACACUCACUGGCUACCAGAUUGACCAGGUCCAGCCCUUGGGUUCUGCCGUCCGCUAGACCACCCCCACAGGUGGCUACCCCUCCCACCCCCUUUGGUGCGUCCCAAGUCCCUGAGUUUGCCCAGACACUCGGGCUCCUGAUCCUCCCUCUCUCUCUCUCUCUCUCUCUUCUCUUGGUCCUGGCUGGAUCUGAGCCGGAGCCCGGGCUGGUUUGACGACCGACCGACCGACCGACCGACCGACCUACCCUUGGGGCUCCCCUCGAACUGACGGAUUGGCGGAUUGCGUGGAAUACGUGGUCCAAUCAAUCGGGGCGAGUCCAUUAAACCGUGCGUGUGUGUGUGACUUUGCGUCCCUUGGGGUCCGGAUUAGACCUUUGCCAUCAUGUCGGUGUUGUACGCGGCCUCGGAUGAGGAGACACCGGAUUGUCCGCUCUGCAUGGAAAUGUUCGAGUUGGACGACUUGAACUUCUAUCCAUGUGCCUGUGGCUAUCAGAUCUGUCGGUUCUGUUGGAACAAGAUUCUGACCGAAGCCGAAGGCGGUCAAGGUCGGUGUCCGGCCUGUCGGUCGCCAUAUUCCGAAAACCCCGUGGACUUCAAACCCCUGAGCACCGAGGAAGUGGCCAAAAUCAAGGCCGAAAAGCGUCAGAAGGAUCAGGCUCGUAAACAGCGAGUGUCCGAGAACCGUAAACAUCUGGCCAAUGUCCGUGUGGUCCAAAAGAACCUCGUGUUCGUGGUGGGCCUCGCACCCCGAUUGGCCGACCCCGAGGUGCUCAAAAAGCCCGAGUACUUUGGCAAGUUUGGCAAGAUCCACAAGGUGGUCAUCAAUCAUAGCACGUCAUACGCGGGCAAUCAAAACCAGGGUCCCAGUGCCAGUGCCUAUGUGACUUAUUACAAGUCCGAGGACGCCCUUCGAGCCAUCCAGGCCGUGAAUAACAUCUUCAUCGAGGGUCGGACCUUGAAAGCUUCCUUAGGCACCACCAAGUAUUGCUCUCAUUUUAUGAAAAACCAGGCGUGUCCCAAACACGAUUGUAUGUAUCUUCACGAACUCGGCGACGAUGCCGCCAGUUUUACCAAGGAACAGAUGCAACAAGGCAAACACACGGAAUACGAGCGGAGCUUGCACGACGAGAUGGUUCAUCAACACUCAGACUACUCGAAUCAACGGGAAGGAGAAUCCCACGAGGCCGAGGAAUCUCCACCCUCGCCUUCAGAUCUGGAUCGACCGUCCGCCGGAUCCGCCGCUCAUGCCAACAACAACAACGAACACCGACUCGACGACCAGAACGAGGAUGAUAAUGACGAACACGAUGACCAAGAGGACGACGAGGACGAUGAUGAUGAUGAAGAUGAUGAUGCUAUAGACCGUCAUCAUCUCAACCAUCACCAUCAUCUCCACCGACAACACCAAGCCCACAACGCCAAUCAUAACACCAAGUCUGACUCGAGAUCCGUUUCGCCCAAGGACGGUUGGCCCAAUUUGGGACGAGAUUCCGCCAGAAUUCCACCCCAUUCUCCUAUCCCAUCUGAAAACAGAAGCAAAGCAAUGUCCCCUCGGAACGAAGAAUCGAAUGGAAAGGAAGACCCUGUAUCAACUUCGGAAUCCCCGCCCAAUGACGAGGUUCGAGCCGAUCCUCUGGGAUCCGCCCCCAGCCAUCGAUCCACGGAUGAAAUUAUACGACAGAUGCGAAUGAGUGGAGAACCGUCGGCGCAAUCCGAAACCUCGAACCGUUCAGACAUGAAUAAUUGGGGGGUGAUAUCCAGUGGAUCGCCAGUUCCUUUCGAUGAGGAAGAUUUGGGCUUCGAUCCUUUCGAAUUAAGUCAGCAGGCUUUGGCUGAUGAGAUGAUGCAAGAAUCGCAAAACAAAUCUCAGCAGCAGCAACAACAGCAACACCAGCAGCACCAUCACCAUCAUAAUCAUCAUCAUCAACAACAACAACACCAACACCAUCAACAUCAUCAACAUCUGAAUGCGUCGUCUGUCGAUAAUGGGCUUCACUUUUUAAGCCGUGGCUCCUCUGGGAACCAUCCGAGUGAUCCUUCAUCCAGUCUGUUUUUGAGUGGAGGAGGAAGUGGUGGACAGCACCCGCCCCUUCAUACGCCCUUCAUUGGAGGAGGGGGAGGAGCAAAUAAUCUAGCAACGAGAACGAAGGCUCCUCCUCCUGGAUUUAGUCUGAACAAUCUCUCCUCCAAUACUUCUGUUCCGGGCUUGAACCGCUUCAAUGGUCGUGGAAAUUUCGAUCCAUUUGGGGGCGGAGGAGGCCUGGGAAACCUGGGAUCACAAAGCUUUCCGAAUAUGCAUCCAGAUUUAGACGUGGGAAAUUCCAUGGACGGGGUCCCUAUGGGGCUCAGCUCCAGGCUUCAUCCAGCCAUGUCCAAUCUCCAUUUAGGGAGUGGAGGAGGCGGGGGCGGCGGGGGCGGAAGUAGUAGUAAUAGCAGUAGGGGAGGUCAAAACUCCAGUUCAUGGCAAAAUAAGGAUUGGCAAGAUGGAUUCCGGGCGCUGCUACCCAAUGUCAAUGUCAGUUUUGGCCCAAGCAAUAGCUUCAUGGAUGGCGGUCCUCCUCAUCCUCGAGCUCCACCUUUGCCUGGAUUCCCCCAGCGAAACAACAGCAACAGUUCCAAUUCCUUAGGAAAUGCGGCGGCCGUAGCUGCGGCGGCUGGCAUGUCCAUGCCCAAUCGAGAGGACAACCACAUGGGGAUGGUACGUCAGAGGUCCGUGGGAGCACCCCACCACCCGUCCAUGGCGGCGCGGCAACACAGUUGGCAUCCUCAUCCUCCUUCGAGUGCGGAUUGGACGGCUCUCGACCCGGCCAUUGUUACUGGUCAGUUGGCUCAAAAAGGUAUGCCCAAUAUAAGGCCUGAAUCGCCUCACAACUGGAUCAAGGCCAAUCUUGAACAAUUGACUUCGGAACCCAAUUUCUCCUCGCUUUUCGGAGGAAGGGACUCUUUCGAAAGUAAUGGAAUGCCUCUAGUCUCGGGUUACUCGGGUUUAAGCCUGAGUGGUGGAAGCGGCAAUGGACUCGGCAGUUCAGACAGCAGAAUAUCUCCCUCGAUGAUGCGACACCCCAAUCAUCCGGCGUCUCUGGCACAAUGGGGCAACAGUGGGAGUUCUGUCACGCCGACACCCGCGCCCCCUGGUUUCUCGACCACUUUGACUUCCAAGCACAACUUCAGAGGAGCCAGCCGUCACGAUAACAACAUCAGCAACAUGGAUACACCUCGCUCUUGUCAUCCUCGUGAUCCAUCGUUCCAUUCGGCUUCAGAGAGGCCCUACGGUGUGGAGGAUGACCUUCUGCCUCAGGGUCGCGAUUCUCGUUCUCCUCGGGAGUUUCAGCACCAUUUUCAACCGUCGCAAGCUUCUGACUUUCACGGAAUGAUGGACCAAUAUUUCUGAUCCCGGGGAAAGUGGCGCUUCGAUUGGCUCGUCGACCACGCCCUCCCAUGCCACCUUCCUUGCGAAUAUUCGUUGAGCAUUGCGAAAACAGUUUAAGGAUGUCUAACCAAAGUCGACUUUCCUCCGGACAGGACCCCUUAAUGAAAUGAAUUCCAUCAGGAGCCACUAUGGCAAUGCUAUUCGGGUUGCCUGGAAUUCAAUCACUCGUAUGAAAUGGGUGUCAACUGUGACCGUGUUUUUAAGCUUUGAAAAGUCAUUAAUUACCUGUGA